AAGGGCCACCAUAGGGAGCUAUGCAGGCUCCAGGAACUCUUGGCCCAUCACCUACCUAGUCUUUCUAUUCCUUUUCCCACCCCUAGGGCACCCACGAGGAGUGAAGAUCUGGCUCUGUCACUCCACCUCUCUGUUUUCCUUCUCUGACCCAGUGUCCUGGGGACCCUUCAGGCAAUAUAGCUUGGUUGGGUCGAAUCUCAGGGUUCUAUGACUCAGCUGCUAGCAUAGAAUUUCUAUGCCACAGUUCAGGCACCAUGGCAACUGACAGAAAUAAACACUGCGCUUCACAGUCUAGGUUCUGUAGUGAUGUCAUCUCCAGGUCCUGUCUCCUGGGCCCUGUGGCUUGCUGCGCCCUAGACUGUCUCAGCUGCUCAAGCCGGAGAUUGUCUUCCUUCUCAGCCCCACGACACCUCUGGAGUGGGCAAGAGUGGACGCAGGAGCUUGGGCAGGGGAACCUGAAAUAAGCCCCACACCAGCCUAGCUCCUUGCCUGCCACUUAGAUGUCUCUGUAGCUGCUACUGUCCCGUCCUUGGUUCCAGCCAUGAAGCAGCGCAAGGGGCCCGGGAACUUUGUGUUCUACGGGCAGCGCCCAGAGGAGAAGGUGCCGGUGCCCUCUUGGCAAGAGGUGAAGCAGACCCCUGUGGUCAUGGCGAUGAUCAAAGGUCCGGGGCCUGCCAAGUACUUGCGGCCAUCCUGUACAGGCUACCUAGGCCACGACAGCUCCAUGUUCCAGGAGCCAGCCUGCACUCUGCACACUCAGCACUCAGCAAAACGGAUAAUGGACAUAUGCAGCCCUGGGCCUUGCUACUUAUUGAACCCUAAAAUAACUCGGGUUGGGCUGUCCAGCUGCCAGCAGAUCUCCAUGGAGGAACGCAUCCCUAACCUGUGCCUGAGCUCCACCCCAGCCUCCUGCCACUACUGCGUGGAGAAGACCCGCCCUCCUGGAGAACGCAGGGCCCCACAGUACACUUUCGGCUCCCGGUGCCCAUACAGAGUAAUGGACCCCAACCCGGCCCCCAACCACUACCAACUGCCACUCUUGCUGGGGCCCAACCUCCCCAUCAACCGAGCUGCUCCUUGCUAUAGCUUGGCCUCCGCACACAACAUCCGGUUCUCCAAGAAGAACGCGGCAGGAGGUCCUGGGCCCGCCGUGCACGCCCGCCCUGAGCCAUCUGUCUACCAGAACCGCAGCCCCGUCUACAGCAUGGCCAAGCGUUUUGCCUACCCAAUGGGCCACACACCUCAGCCUGGACCGGGUUCCCAUGAUGUCCAGAUGGUCACAGUGCACAAGCCCCGCACACCUUCUUUCACCAUGGGUGUCAAACACUCACCCCACCUCUGCCCACUGGUCAUUGACAUUCACAACUGAGGGCCCUCCUGGUGUACUCACUCACUCCUCCCCACAGAAGAUAUUUUCUAUACAAAAAUGAGCAACUUACCAAGGUUUUGAGUAGCAGAACUGAAGCCUGAUGUGUUUAGCACACAGAAAGUAUUAAAUAUUUUUAUUUUUUUAUUUCUUCAUUUUGUAAAUGUUCAUGACUGCUUCCUUUGGGCCCUGCCCUGGAUGAGGGGUGGGGACACUGGGAGGCAUUACAGGUCAAUGUCUGGGAGAAGUCCUGUUCUGGCUCAUCAGGGGAGGCCGCAUGUUCUCAAGAAGCCAUGGGUAGAGGUUCCAGAGGGCUGAGUUCUAGUUCUAACUCUGCCACUAAUGUGCUGUGUGAUCUUAUGCAGCUUCCGCCCAUCUCUGGGCCUUGUGCAAUAAGGACUGGUGGCGAGAGGGUGGGGGGGAGAGAGACCUGGAGGAUGUUCAAGUUUCCUCUAGGUCCAGAGCUGUGUGACUCUGAAUCCUGACAGUGCUCAGCACCUUAGAGGGGAGAAGGAAAAAUGGUUGCGGAUAGAGGAUGGAGGGGUCACUCUGGUUGGGAAAGGGGGAGAGGUGAGUUUUCCUGGGGGAGGGAUUCAGGACAAGCAGAGACAGUGUACAGAAGGAAGGAUAUUCCUGGUGGUGGUAAAGAUAAGAGCAAAGGCCAGUAGAUGGGACCAAAGGAUGCAGGGCAGGGAGCUGGGGAGGCUCAGAGGGCACAAGCCCGGGCUGCAGGAGGCUGGCUGGUAAUGGGACCAGAUGAUGGCCAGCUUGCAGUGGACUCAGGCUUUGUCCACUGUGAGGUAGGCAAGAUGUAGUAUUUUCAGAAUUCUUUGGGCAGAGAGAGAAGAUGAGCAGGAUGGGCAGAGCCUGAAGGCUACAGUCAGACUCGGGAGGAGGCAAGG